CCCGGUGAGAAGCAAACACCAUCAAACUCGUAUCUUCCUCCGAUCUUCUCUCCUCCAGUAUCUGGUCUCCGUUAUCUAGUUCAUCACAGUUCUUUACUACUUAACCCAUCAUGUCCGCAGAGGGAACAGCUCCGCAAGCAGAGGUGGCUUCAAUCGCCACCCCGAUCAACCUCAUCCUCUUCUCUGCCUUCGCCUUCCUCGUCUACACGCAAUUCCGCCCUAAGCCACCUGCCGUGCUCCCUAAGGCCCCUGCCCCCGUUGUCUUCCGCACAUUCACGCCCAAGACACUACUCCCCUUCAACGGCGAGAAUGACAAGCCCGUCUACCUCGCGGUACGGGGACGCGUCUUCGAUGUUACACCAGGAAGGAACUUUUACGGACCGGGUGGACCCUACGAGAAUUUUGCUGGCCGGGACGCAUCGCGCGGUUUGGCCUUUCAGAGCUUUGAUAAAGAGAUGUUAACGGAGGAUUUGUCGGGUCCAUUGGAUGAUCUUAAGGAUUUGAAUGCGGACCAGCUGGAGAAUCUGCAAAGUUGGGAAGAGAGGUUCCUGGAGAAGUACCUUGUUGUUGGAAAGUUGGUCGCCGAGGGGGAUCCUGAGGCGCCCAAGUCAUAAAUUGAAGAAGAUAUUUUUUGCGGUAGCUGUGCAAACAGACGCAGAGCAUUGUGGAGGCUAGUAAGUCGGUGAUCUAUAUAAUAGCUGGCAAGGUAACGGGCUAUCUUGGGCUAUUGGAUUGCUAUACUUCUAAGUGUUCGUUCCGUUUAUAAAAAGCGAAGUUUACGAGCAACGAUUUAUAUGCCUGGAGAAUUAUAUUCCACGUUAACUUUCCAGGGUUACUUUGUUUAACACUUCAGGAUCAAGAUAUAUCUUCAUAGAACAGGUCAUAAAACUGC